AUGCCUGUGUAUGCUCCAACUCGACCCGACUUUGAUGCGAUUGUCGUAGGGGCCGGGUUUGGAGGUAUCUACAUGUGCAAGAAGCUCACAGACCAAGGCCUAUCUGUCAAGGUCAUUGAAGCUGCACCUGAUGUGGGAGGGACAUGGUAUUGGAAUCGUUAUUCUGGUGCAUUGUACGACACACGAUCUUAUUUCUACCGAUACUCGUGGAACCUUGAGGAUCUCCGCGAAUAUCCUUGGAAACGAGAAGCUAUUUAUGAUGACGUCGAUAACUUGUGGACUGUUUCGCUAUCAGCUGUCCCUCGGUUAACAGCCCGAUAUAUUGUGACGACUGUGGGACUGCUAUCUAAAAUCAAUUAUCCUGAUAUUCCCGGGCUCAAGACAUAUGAAGGCGAGAUGUAUCACACUGGGAAUUGGCUCGCCUCCUAUGAUUUCACAGGAAAGCGCGUCGGUGUAAUUGGAAACGGAUCCACAGGUGUUCAGUUGGUGACUGCAUUGGCCGAUCAAAAUGUCAAGCAACUACUCUCUUUCCAACGUCACCCACAGAAUGUCGUCCCAGCAGGUUAUGCGGAGGUAAGGAACAGCGUCCUUGGCUUUGGCUUCGAAGAAAGCUCCAAGCCCACAUUCAGUGUUAGCGAGGAAGAGCGCGAAAGAAUCUUUGAAGAUGCCUGGGUGAAAGGGAAUGGGUUUUAUUUUAUGUUUGGCACGUUCUGCGACAUAUUUUCCGAUAUGGAAGCAAACAAGGCUGCUGCGGAGUUCAUCCGCCGAAAGAUUCGUCAAAAGGUGAAAGAUCCUGUCAAGGCCGAGAAGCUCAUGCCGUAUGAUUGGUAUGCCAGGCGCCCAUUGUGUGAUACCGGCUACUACGAGAAGUUCAAUCGUGCGAAUGUGGACGUCGUCAAUAUUGGGACCAACCCUAUUACCCAGAUAAUAAACAAAGGAAUACGGGCAGCCGAUGGAUCAGAAUACGAGCUGGAUGUCCUUAUUUUCGCAACAGGCUUUGACGCGGUGCCCUGGGAGAGACUCAAGAAUCGGUGGAAGGAGGAGCCCAGCUCUUUCCUAGGAACCUGCAUCCCUGGAUUCCCGAAUCUGUUUACCGUUCUCGGUCCAGCCGGUCCGUUCACCAAAAUACCCGCUUGA